CCCUCGUUAAUCCACCGUCCGCUGGGUGUACUUAGCAAUUACAAUUGGCUGAACAUACUCCACCAACGAAACUUCCAAUCACGCAAGAAAAAAAGAGGAGAAAAUGCCCAGCAACGUCCCCUGUAAUCACGGGCAGGACCUGGCCUACAGGCUCGCGCAUGGCGUCUCGGGCCACCUCCUCCACGUGCAGCCGCCGCACCUCCCGUGGCCCGCCCUGCCGCUGCCGCUCAAGCUCAUCCCCUUCGACAUCGAGCUCCCCGCCGUGCCCUUCGUCGGCGGCGGGGGCGUCGACCUCCCCGCCGUGGCCGUCGCCUCCUUCGUCGAGAUCGGCGGCCGGCUCGGGCAGGCGGGCUCCGACCUCGGCGCCUCCGUCGGCGGCGCCGUGCAGCAGCUGUCGCGGCAGAUUCCCGUGCCGUUCCGCGCGGAGGGCGCCCGGCGCUGGAACUGGGAGGGGGCCGCUGCGCCGCCAACGCCUGCCGCGGUGCACGAGGGGGAAGCGGGGCUCGCUGCGGAGAGGGCUGCCGAGGGCUGCGGGGUAGCCUUGGAGGGUGUCGGGGAAAGGGAUUCCCUCGAGGAGGUGGCUGCGGCGGUCGCGGCGGCCACUGGAAGUGCCGCCGCCGCCAAUGCAGUCGGUGUCGGGGCUGAUGGUGCCCCGCCCCACCCCACGGCGUCGUCGCCCCAGCGAGAUCCCGCGGGUCGAGGGACGCCCUGCGCCGGCCGCCGCUACCACUAG